GUAAAACAAUCCAAAUUAUCUCUUAUCUCUCAAUACUCUUCCAUGAGAACGCCUACUACCCCUACCUAAUCGUCGUACCAAAAUCAACAGCCAUCAACUGGGUGCGCGAAUUCAAAAAAUGGGCACCGGAAAUGAAAGUAGUCGAAUACCACGGUGAAACACCAAAUCGUAAAGUCAUUGAGAAAUACGAAUUGUACCCAUUUCCGGACACGCAGAAAGAACAACGAUCCCUUAAAUGUCACGUUGUUAUCACCACGUACGAGACUAUGAACAUGAAUGCGUCGGUGUUUGAGAAAGUCCCGGUGUGGCAAGCGCUGAUUGUUGACGAGGCCCAUCGGUUGAAAGGCGGCGCUAGUAGUCAAUUGUUUAAUACUUUGAAAAAGAGGUUAGAUGUAAGGCAGAGUAUUUUGCUCACAGGAACCCCACUCCAAAAUAAUAUUGAAGAGCUAUUUAAUUUGAUGAACUUUUUGGGACUCGAGGAUUUCGAGGAACCGAAAUUGAUGGCUCAAGAAUACGAGGAAUUCAAUAAAGAGAAAUUAGACGAGCUUCACGAAAAGUUGAAACCUUAUUUUUUAAGAAGAACUAAAGAGCAAGUUUUGGGUUUUUUACCUCCAAAAGCGGAAAUCAUAGUUCCCGUAGCAAUGACAUCUCUUCAAAAGAAACUUUGCAAAGAAAUCCUCGCCAAAAACGUCGAACUCCUAAAAACUAUCACAUCAUCAAAAACCACUGUUGCCAAGACGCGAAAAAUGAGUCUUCAAAAUGUCUUGAUGGAAGUCCGGAAAGUCCUCUGCCAUCCAUACCUGAUGCCUGGCAUUGAAGACACAGGCAUUGAAAACGAAUUUAUCAUACACAAGAACCUGGUCGAAGCCAGUGGAAAAUUGAUGCUUUUGCAGAAAAUGUUGCCGAAAUUGAAAGAGAAGGGGAAUCGCGUGCUGGUGUUCUCGCAGUUUAAGAUGCUGUUGGAUAUUUUUGAGGAUUUUGUAAUUAAGGAGGGGUGGGAGUAUGUGCGAUUGGAUGGUGACAUCAGUGGAAAUGAGCGCCAGAGUAAAAUUGAUGCUUUUCAAGCUACAGAUUCUAAAAUUUUCCUCUUUUUGUUGACUACAAGAGCUGGGGGUGUCGGAUUGAAUCUGACUGGCGCCGAUACAGUAUUCAUAUAUGAUCCCGAUUUCAACCCUCAUUCUGAUAUGCAAGCGCUUAGUCGCGUACAUAGAAUAGGGCAGGAUAAGAAAGUAUUAGUAUUUCGGUUUGUAACAAGAUCUUCUGCGGAAGAACGCAUCCUUCAAAUCGGCAAACGAAAACUAGUUCUUGACCAUCUGAUUGUUGAAAAAAUGGAAGAAGAAAAACUUGAUGCCAACGACGUCGAAAGUGUCUUAAGAUUUGGCGCCGAAGCACUUUUCUCUGACGAGACUGAUGAAACGGCUCUGAAGUACCGCGAUGAAGAUAUCGAGAAACUAUUAGACCGUAGCUACUUAGAAAAUGCAGAACCUACUGAUGAGUCGUCACAAUCUAAAGACUUGCAUGGAUUGUCGUUUGCUAGGAUCUGGGAUCUCGAGAAGAACCAGUUAUCGGAAGAGGUGAUGGAUGAAAGUGGUAUGGGCAAGGGAAGCGAUGAUACUGAAAAUGAUGGUGACGGAACGGAUAUUUGGGAGAAAUUGAUACAAGAACGAAUUCAACAGGCCGCACAGCAGGAAGCUUCGUCUCCUGUUAGAAUGACUAGGAAGCGGACAAAAGUGGUCAACUAUUAUGAAGACGAAUUCGAUUCACCUAAAAAACGACGCUCAAAGAAAGAAAAAUCGCCUGAAAAGCCUGUUACAGAAGAUAACGACGACGAAUUCGUUCCUAAGGAGGACGAAAUGUACGACUCAUCAAGCACCGAAACCGCAAGCGAAUACGAACAAGAUGGGAUUUUAGCUCUCGAUGCUUCAACUGUGCCGGUUGAUAAAUCGCAACUACAAAGUAAAUUCAAGAUUUCAGCGUCAUCGUCGUCAAUGCAACAGCAGACUCAAAAUCAAUUCCAGGUUCCGAGUCAAUCUCAAAUGCCACCACAACAUGCUAUUCAAACUGCUGGUGGAUAUCUGGUAACUAAUCCUGCUCAAAGAGGCGUCGCGGAUAAUUAUCACCUUCAAAUGCAUCCGAAUAAUCCUAAUGAGAUAUUAUACGCUCAAUAUAUGCAAUACCAGCAAGAAGCAUGGCGUCAAAGGCAACGACAAGAACAAGAACGAAAAUUAGCAUAUCAAAUGUAUGUGCAGCAACAAAUGCAUAGACAAGCUCGUUAUUAUGGAUACAAUUCAUCACCAACCCCUACUACACAGGCGCAGGCACAGACUAACAAUAAAACUAAUCAACAGAAUUAUAUAACUAGUAAUAAUGUUGUUGUUGUGCCUUCAAAUGACAAAAAUAAUGACAAUAUUAGCGCACAUCAAAAACUUGUACAGAGCAGUAGCUUAACCUCCACCUCUAAUACUAAUCAGGGGAGACCUGUCUCGGAUAAUUUCGCAAACGAUCAAAAACAAGAUAAAAAUUCAAAUCAAGAAACUAAAACCAUCACACCAAAAACAGCGCCCAUCGUUCCUUCAACUCCAACGUCAAAAAUAUCACGUACUGUUGUUCCACCACCACCUCAUGUUGAAGUGAUUGACUUAGAGUCACCUCCUCAUGAAUCCGCGUCCGUCUCUCAUUCACAAACUGCAGUGUCAAGUUCUGUUAAUUCACGAUCAACAGCACCUAAAGAUAAUAUUGCACGAGCAUCACCAUCCACGAUAUCAACAACUCCCAUAUCGUCUACUUCAUCACAAAGUAACCCACAAAUGGGAUCAAACAGGAAUUCUUCGACGAAAUUAAAUAACACUGCUCGAACCAUGACUUCAUCAC